AUGGCAGCAGGCAGUUCGUUUCUGCCCUAUCAAGGGAAAUUACUAGUAGAGUCUGGACCAUUCCAAAAUACUGAUGAAUACAUUGCUAAGAGAAUUGAAGAACAUACCUUUAAUUACGGCGUAGAAGUUGUUAUACCCGGAAUAGACACGCUACCACCGUUAAUUUCCGAUUGGUUUACUUCAACAAGCAACUGUCAUUAUUUUGCUCAUCUACCAGUUCAUAAGUUCAUCGACCUUGAUUUUAUCAAUAAUGUCAUAAGGAAAGGUAAAUUUACAGCUUUAUCUUGCUCUCACGUGGAUACUGGCGAUAGUAUUGCUAUUAUACCAACAGUUGUACAGAUAGAUCUUCGCGAUCCUGCUAUCAAAUCGGGUUCUAAAUUAUAUAAUCGUAUUAACUGGUGCCUAACGACUAACUUUGAUAUCAAAUUUAAUUUUUUAAUGUCAUGGAUUCCUGACCAUGAUAACCAAUUUAGAUUAGAGAGCUGGCUAGAAGGACACAAAUACUCAAUUAAGCAGUGUUCAAGUAUCCGUAAACAUCAUGAAAAUUUAUCUGUACCAGAAAUCACUUGGUCAUACCCGCAAGGAUUUGUAGAUGGUGUUGAAGAUAAGAGCUGUAACAUCUCUAACUUUUAUGAAUGGUUAGGAGCGCUAUCAUGCGAUAUUGACAGUUCUGUUGGAUCACCAGACAAUUUCAUAUCAACCUAUACUUGCCCAAUACCUAAUUUUACUGUAUCGAAUUCCAUCACCAGUAGAUGUUUAGGCUUUAUUUCUACUAAUCAGAUUAACAAUCUAGUGCAAGAUAUUAGAAACCGUAUUAGUUGGCCUGAAGAUAUUCCUUGGAUAACCGUCAACGUAUGGGGAUUUCACGAUAGUCCAGUAUCAUGGAAGGGAUUUGAGCAUAAUUAUUUUGUAUGUGGUGAUAAUAAUUACACUAUAGUAAUAUUUCCGGGAACCUCUACUAUUUGGUAUAUUUUUGCCACAUCGGCGUACGAUUCAUAUUCUUAA